AUGUACAUCUUUCUAUCUCAGUACACCAUCGCCAAAGACGCAAAUGCCGGCGUUCAGUUGGCGGCCAUGGAGCGAAACCCCUCUGUCGCGUCGCUCUUGCAAGGCGCCACUCAGCCUGCAGUCGCCGGCAUACGGGCAUCGAGGCCUUCAGUGCGUGUCCACAUUGUCGGCUACCGAGCGUGGUCUUACCUGAUGUACACCCACCCUGAGCGCGGAGGACUCACAGUCGAGGAGGCUGCUAUCGCGCUCACCAGUGUCAUUCGUCGGGCGCACGUUGACCUCGUGGGCAUGAUCUGCAUGCCUGGAGGCCUCCAGCUGGGACCGAUGGGUAUCACAUUUGAACAGUUGUUCCUCGUCGAAGUCCACCAGGUCUCGCGCGCUUCCAUACGGCUCACUCUCGCGUAUGAGACUUCAACGUGA